AUGACUGCGAUACGAAAAACUCAACCAGCAUCAUUUCAUUUACGAACCAAUUAUACUCCAAAUUUUCUUGAUCAUACAUAUCGUGCUAGACCUUUGCCAUCGGCAGGAGUUUUUUCAAUUCUUCAAUCAUUUUGUCCAAAAACAGCUCCUAAUAAUGAACAAGGUUUUAGUAUUUUUUCCAAUGGAUCGUCCACAGAAAUACUAAUAACAAUUGAUCGAAUUUCUCGAACAAAUCCAUUUUUUACACGAAAUGUUCCCACGUUUGAUAUUAAUUCUUUACCUGCUAUGUAUAAAACAUUAAUUGAUCGUCCGACAUUUAUUUAUGAUAGAUUAUCAAAUUUAAUUUAUUCAUUUACUAAACAUCUAACAAUAUUUUGUUCAUUUUUUAUGACACAACUUAAUUAUACAAACGAUGAAUGUGAACAUCUAUUAAAUAAUAUAGUGAUAGAUGUUAAUCAAAUACCAAAUAUUUCUUCAUAUUUAUUUCAAGAUUUCAAAGAAAAUUUUUAUUUACUUUUAAAAACAUCAUUUAAAUCAGAAGAAUUUUUCAAUGUACGACAAUUAAUUGAUAAUAUUAUUUCAAUGAAUUCAUAUGUAAAUUUAACUAAUCAUGAAGUUUAUUUAUUAGUAAAAACUAUUAAAAUAAUAUUAUUUCAUCGGAAAACAUUAAAAGAAUUUUUUUGUUCAAUAGAAAAAUUUCAUUUAAUUUUUCAAUUUAAUACAACAGUUAUUAAUAUAACUGAUUUACAACAACGUUUAUGUAAUAUGUCAAAUGAACAAUAUCAAAUCUUAUCAAAUCUUAUGAUGAAUUUAAUAUCAGAUGAACAAUUUAUUGUUAUAGUACAAUUAGUAUACGAACAAUUAUCAUCAAUGUUAUUUGAAUUUGAUGAUUAUAUUAAUCAACUUGAAAAAUAUGCAUUGUUUGAACAAGGUUUAAAAGAUUUAUAUGAUCUUGCAAAACAUCUUCGAACCAAUUCUUGUUAUAUUAAUGAACACAAUAAUACUGAAAGGUCCACAUCACCAUCAGCUGUAGCUUUCUCUGAAAAUAUGCAAUCAGUUGUAAUGAAUAAAUUAAAAAAUAAAAAAGGAUUUUAUCCAUUAUGGCUUGGAAUGCUAGAAGCUAUUUGUGGUGUUAAACCAAAUACAACUUUUGAUCCAAAUCAACCAAUAAAUGAUGAUCAUUUACCUGAUCUUGCUGAAUUAGGAAUAUCAGAUCAACAACUACGAGAAUUAGGUCUUUUAUUUUAUUUUCUUUAUGAAAAUUCUCUAGUUUUAUAUUCACCAAAUUCAACAUUAAUUAAUAGUAUUAUAUCAAAAGCUAAUUCAAUAUUUGCUUUAUUUGAUACAAUAACUAAUUAUGCAUAUCAAUGGAGAAAUGUAUCAAAUGUUCUUAAAACAUAUUUUUUUGCAAAUGGUACAGCAAAAAAAGUUGAAUCACUAAGACGAAUGAAAAAAUUUCUUGAAGAAUUCGGUCCUUUAUUAAAUUUAUCAUCAAUGAAUAAAAUUGUUAAUAUAUUUAAAAAUCUAAAUGAUCCAUCAAUUGAUAAUUAUAUGAAACAAAUAACAACAAUUGAUAAAUCAGCUUGUAGUUGGAUAAGUCUUAUAUCAGGAAUUAAUUUAAAUAUAUUUAAAGGAUUUGCUGAUGAAAAUGAUUUAGUAGAAUAUUUUCUUCAUCAAGCAUAUCAGGAUAAUUAUACUGUUACAGCUAGUAUAGUUUUUACUAAUGUUCAUAUCAAUGAUACUGCAUUGCCUCCGAAUACAAUAUAUAAAAUUCGUCAAAAUGCUUCAUUGACACCAUCAUCAAAAUAUGUAAGAGAUCGAUUUUGGGUACCAUCACCAUCACAAUCUGGUUUUCCUUAUUAUGAUUUUGGAUUUAGUUGGGUUCAGGAAAUAAUUGAUCGUGCAAUAAUUGAUACUCAAGUUGGUCGACCAGUAAUUGAACCUGGUUUAUUCUUUCAAGAAAUGAGUUAUCCUUGUUACAUAUAUGACAAUUUUCUUCAAAUGAUUGAACAUGCUCUUCCAUUAUGUUUAACAAUAUCAUGGAUAUAUGCAUUUGCAAUAUUAACACAAUGUAUAGUUUAUGAAAAAGAAGUUCAUUUAAAAGAAGUUAUGAAAAUUAUGGGUUUAAGUAAUAGUGUAUAUUGGAUGGCAUGGUUUAUAACAAUAUUUAGUCAAACAACUAUUGUUAUUAUUGCUAUAACAAUAAUAUUACAUUAUGGAAAAGUUCUUAUGUAUUCAAAUCCAUUUUUAAUAUUUAUUUUCUUUGAAAUUUAUGCUCUUUCGACAAUUAGUCUUGCAUUUCUUGUUAGUGUUUUUUAUUCGAAAGCUAAAAUAGCUGCUGCUUGUUCAGGAAUUAUAUAUUUCUUAACCUAUGUGCCAUGUAUGUACAUAAAAAUAAGAGAAGAUUUAGCACAAGAUACAGUACCAAGAUGGGCUAAAAUGUUAGCUUCUUUAUUUUCUACAAGUGCUUUUGGUAUGGGAACUAAAUAUAUUGCAUUUUAUGAAAAUAUUGGUACAGGAAUUCACUUUGAUAAUAUUCGAUAUAGUCCAGUUGAAGAUGAUCAUUUUACUUGUUUUGAAACUAUCCUUUUUAUGUUAGUGGAUACAUGUAUUUAUCUUAUUCUUAUGUGGUAUAUUGAAAAUAUUUAUCCAGGUGCAUAUGGAAUACCAAAGAAGUGGUACUUUCCAUUUACGAUAAGUUAUUGGACUGGAGAAACAUAUAUUGAACCUAAUUGGAUAAAAAAAUUCAAAGAAAUUAAUUUAUUUAGAUGGAUUAUAUGUAAAAAAUGUCAUAUGUAUGAUAGAUUUGAUUAUUCAACAUCAUCAUUAAAUCAAAUAAUCAUUGAUUCUACUAGAAAUCAAAAUUAUUUCGAAGAUAAUGAACAUUUAAAUGAUCAAAUAAUUGGUGUUCGCUUAAGAAAUUUAACAAAAAUUUUUGAUAGAAAAAAAUUUGCUGUACAAAAUUUAUCAUUAGAUUUAUAUGAAGGUGAAAUACUUUCACUUCUUGGACAUAAUGGAGCUGGAAAAACAACAACAAUGUCAAUUUUAAUUGGUCUAAUUCCAGCUACAUCUGGAACAGCAACAAUUUAUAAUCAAGAUAUAAAUAUUGAUAUAGAUAAAAUACGAAAAAAUCUUGGAUGGUGUUCUCAACAUAAUCUUUUCUUUGAAAAAUUAACAGUUGAAGAACAUUUAUUAUUUGUUUCAAAAUUAAAACAAGUUCAAAAUAUAGAAAUGAACAAUAUGAUUGAAAAUAUGUUAUUUGAUAUUGGUUUAACAUCAAAACGUAAUGCAAUAGUUUCAACAUUAUCCGGUGGAAUGAAAAGAAAAUUAUCUGUCGCAAUGGCUUUUGUUGGUAAUGCAAAAACAGUCAUUCUUGAUGAACCAACAGCCGGUAUUGAUCCAUAUUCACGACGUGCUAUAUGGGAAUUAUUAUUGAAAUUAAAACGAGGACGAACUAUUUUAUUAAGUACUCAUCAUAUGGAUGAAGCUGAUAUUCUUGGAGAUAGAAUUGCUAUUAUUUCAAAUGGACAAUUGAAAUGUUGUGGAACAUCACUUUUUCUUAAAUCAAUAUUUGGUGAAGGUUAUAUUUUAACAUUAAUUAAAAAUGAUCCAUGGAUGGCUUCAAAGGAUGAUGUUACAUUGACAAUAACACAAUGUAUACCAAAGGCAUAUCUUAAAGAAGAGAUAAGAAAGGAACUUCAAUAUGUUUUACCAUUAAAAAAUCGUUAUUCAUUUCCGAAACUUUUUUCCAUACUUGAUUCACGAAAAGAAUUCUUAUCCAUAACUGGUUAUGGUUUACAAGAUGUUUCAUUGGAAGAAGUUUUUCUUAAAGUUACAGAACAAUAUAAAAAAUCACCCAAUGCCAAUGAAAUUGAAGCUCAAUUUAAUUAUAAUAAUAAAGCACAAGGAAAUAUUACAGAAACUUCAUCAACAUCUAAUUCAACAAUAUCAAAAUUAAAUCGUCUAACUGGAACACGUCUUUAUGCAAAACAAAUCUUAUCAAUAAUAAUAAAAUGUUUUAUAUUUAAUUAUCGUAAUAUGCGUAGUUUAGCAACACAAGUAUUAUUACCAGCAUUUUUUAUAACUAUUGCAAUGUCUGUUGCAUUAAAUGCACCAGGUUUUGCUGAUCUGCCUCCAGUAUUAUUAUCAACGUCAAUGUUUUCAAAUUUAAAUUAUUUAUAUACACCUGUAUCUGGUUUAAAUGAUUAUAAAUUAGGAAAUUCUUCACAAAUAUCAAGAUUAAAUGCAAAUCCAUAUGAUUUAGUUGAAACAAUUCGAUAUCCAUCAGGUAUUGGUUCAACAUGUUUACUUAAUAAUCCAUAUAUAAAUAUAACAAGAUUAACAUUUGAUAAUUUAACUGGUUUAUCAUGUGACAAAGUUUAUCAUAAUGAUUUUAAUUCCUAUUCAGAAUAUGAAAUUAAUUGGUCAAACAUGUUUGAAAAUAAUCAAACAUAUUUCAAUCGAACUUAUCAACCAGAUCAAUCUUUCAAUGAAAAAUAUUAUAAACCUUGUCAAUGUUCAACAAGUCAAUCAAGACAAAUAUGUUCAUCAUUUCCUAAACCGGAAGUAAAUCGUUUAAUAACAAAUGAUAGAAUAUUAAAUAUAACAAAAGAAAAAAAUGAAAUUCUUUAUUAUUUAUAUACAGCAGAUAAUCAUCAUUUAGAUCGUUAUGGUGGUCUAUCUUUUGGUUUAGUACAAGAUUAUGUUCCAAAUAAUUAUCCAAUCAAUAAAUAUAAUCAAAUAUUACAUAAAUUAGCUAUAAAAAAUAUUGCAAGAAUAUUUACUAAUCAUAAAGGUUAUCAUAGUUUACCGUUAUAUAUUAAUAUUAUGUCAAAUGCCAUUCUUCGAGCUAAUUUACCUAUUGAAAAGGGUCUUCCUUCUGCUUAUGGAAUUACUACAUAUAAUCAUCCAAUGAAUGAAACAAAUAAUAUAAUAUCAAUACAUUUUAUUUUACGAGGAUCUUAUGUUGUUAUAUCAAUUUUUAUAAUUGUUGCAAUGUCAUUUGUUUCAGCAUCAUUUACAUUAUUUCUUGUUUAUGAACGUUCAACAAAACUUAAACAUAUUCAAUAUAUAAAUGGUGUUUGUCCAUUAGUUUAUUGGUUAACAAAUUGUGUUUGGGGUCUUUUUAAUUAUCUAUUACCUGCUACUUGUGUAAUAGUUAUUUUACGUUUAUUUAAUGUACCGGCUUAUGUUGAAGGAGAAAAUUUUCUUGCUGUUAUUAGUUUACUUCUUACGUAUGGUUGGUCAGUGAUUCCUGUGAUGUAUCUAUUUAGUUUUCAAUUUACUGAACCAACUAAUGCAUAUAUUUUUUCAAUUAUUAUUAAUUUAUUUAGUGGAAUAACAUGUACAUAUACAUCUUUUUUUCUUGAAAUAUUUACAUUUAAUAGUCCAUCUACAUCAACAUUAACUAUUAUUACAAGUAUAGUGAAAAGAAUAUUUAAAAUUUUUCCAAAUUAUUGUUUGGCAAGAGGUUUAAUUGAUAUUGCUUAUAAUGAUUAUUAUAAUUCAUUUUAUAAAAAAACUGGUCUACAUCAUCGUAUACGUACACCAUUUAUUUGGGAUAUAACAUUAUCAAAUUUAAUUUCAAUGGCAAUAUGUGGUUUAGUAUUUUUGGUUUUAACAUUAUUACUUGAAUAUGGAUUUUUUUAUUCACCAAAAAUUUCUGAUGCAUUACCAUUUUCACGUUUAGAUGAAGAUGUGUAUGAAGAUGAAGAUGAAGAUGAAGAUGUUGCACAUAUUCGUAGACAAAUCUUAAACAAAACAAUUGAUGAUAAUGUAUUAAUUAUGUCAAAUUUAUCUAAAUGUUAUCGUACAAAAAAGCAUCAAAAAUCAAUUGCUGUUAAUAAUUUAUGUAUGGGAAUACGUUCAGGUGAAUGUUUGGGUUUAUGUGGAGUUAAUGGAGCGGGAAAAACAACAGUAUUUCGAAUAUUAAGUGGUGAUCUUCAUCCAACAGCUGGUUAUGCUCAUAUUCAUGGUUAUGAUAGUAUGAAAGAAAGACAAGAAGUUUUUAAAUAUAUUGGUUAUUGUCCACAAUUUGAUGCACUUUUUGAUGAACUAACACCUGUUGAACAUAUAUUAUUAAUGGCACGUUUAAGAGGAAUUGAUUGGUAUAAUGAAAGUCAAUAUGCUCAUCAAUUAUUAAAACGUUUAGAUCUUUGUGAAUAUAUAAAUAUACCUGUUAGAAAAUUAUCUUUAGGAAAUCGAAGGAAAUUAUCAACAGCUAUGGCACUUGUUGGUGAUCCAUCUGUUAUACUUUUAGAUGAACCAACAAGUGGAAUGGAUCCAUUAUCAAAAAGAUUUUUAUGGAAUGUUAUUAGACGUCUAGUUAAAGAAGGAAAAUCAAUUAUACUUACUUCACAUAGUAUGGAAGAAUGUGAAGUUCUUUGUUCAUCGAUUGCAAUUAUGGUAAAUGGUUGUUUUCGUUGUCUUGGUUCAACUCAACAUUUAAAAAAUCGUUUCGGUGAUGGUUAUACAAUAAAAAUUCUUUUACAAUCUUCAUCAAAUUCAAUAUUAAAUCAAACAAUUAAGAAUUGUUUUUCGUCAAAUUUUAUUUUAAAAGAACGUCAUUUAAAUAUAUUACAAUAUGAGAUAGCUGAAAUACAUGUUUCAUUAAAAGAUAUUUUUUCUAAACUUGAAAAUUUAUUAAUUAAUGAACAUAUAAUGGAUUAUAGCGUGUCACAGAAUACACUUGAUACUGUAUUUGUUAAUUUUGUACGUGAUCAAUUUGAUGCAUCACAACGAACAAGAAAAAUAUCUAGACGAAAACAAAAACAUUCUAACAAUAUUUUGGGUAAGGGGCCAUCCAUAAAGGACGUCCAGGUAAAGGGGGGAGGGAGGGGUCAGCGAAAACUGGACAAAACUGGACAGGAGGGGAGGGGGGGGGGUCGAGCUAACCUGGACGUCCAGAAAGUCAUUGGAAAAACUUUCUUUUUUUCUAAAUUUUCCGAGAAAUUUUGAAGCUUAAUUUGUGACAAACAGCAUUUUUUUAAUCAAUUAAUUGAAUUAAAAUAUGCUUUUGACAUAAUUUGAAGAUUAUAGUCAACCGGCAGCCAGUUAUAUAUGAAGUUUGUCUUAUUUUCGAGUUUCAUGGGUAUUGAAACUGUCUCUCUUUUAUAUCGGGUUGUGCAUAACCUUUUGCUAGGGGGGUAACACUAUGAUUUCGAGUUGAGUACCUAAUGAAUUUUAUACCAGAUUAAAGCCCGUGAAAAACUGGAUCCAGAUGUACAGUCAUUAUUUCGAUAGAUAAGGCUACCGUUUGAAAUUGCGAAUAUGGAAGUGAAUCCGUACAAAUACUCAAUCGUCAAAAUAUAGGAUUCAGCAUAACUUUUUGAUAGAAGACUACAAAAUUAAUUACUAGUGGAAUAGUUUUGAGUAGUGUCUCUGCUGGAACCUUUAUUUUGUCUGAAAAGAAACAAUACAUCAGUAUUUUGUGUGACCGCCAUUGGCUUCACGUUCAGCUUUUAAUCGUCGAGGAUACGAUUUCAAUAGAUUCUCGAAAAGUUUCGUUUCAUUUUCAAGCUCAUGAAGAACAUUUUGAAGAUGUUGAAGCAGAACCACUUCAGAAUUUUGAUUAGCACCGUGCUCCUCGAUCAUCAAGCUUUCCACCUUAUCCAUGAGGAUUGAUCCAACAUCUUCUGCUACGUUUAGAUCGGGAGAAUUUCCUGGCCAUUGUGUCCGGUCAAAGAAACCAACUCCGGAAUCUUUGAGUAAUGCUUGAGUGGCGUUUGCUUUGUGACACGAAGCAUUGUCAUGAAGAUAAACUACCUCUGACGGAUCUAAUACAUUUUUGGGAUCAGAAAGAAAUGGAAUGACAUUUUCUGUCAGAAUAGACCGACGAUAAUACGCUCCAUCCUAUGAUGCACCAUCAUCCCCCAUGUGUUCGACUGCGGUCAAACUGCGUCGCAGUUACGGCGUAACUGCGAUCGCACUGUGACCCGUAAUUGCGAAAAACUGCGACGCAGUUACGCGUAACUGCGAU